CGCGGAGGCCGUAUUCUACGCGUUUCUGGUCCUGCUGCUUGUGCGAAAUGGUGGCCCGACAACAAUCCUCCGCGGCGGGUGUCCUCGCGCUGCUGUCCGAGCCCGACCCGGUGUUCAAGCAGCACGCGCUCAAGUCGCUGAAUGCGCUCGUGACGGAGUUCUGGGCUGAGAUCUCGGAGGACAUUGCGCUCAUUGAGUCUCUCUAUGAAAGCGAGGAGCUCCCCAAGGAUGCGCGCGACGCUGCAGCGCUCUUGGCGAGUAAGGUGUACUACUACCUGGGAGAGUAUGACGAAGCUCUGUCUUUUGCGCUCGGUGCUGGGAGCGCGUUCGAGGCGGAGACUCAGUCAAGACAGUCAGAGGAGUAUGUCGAGACCCUUGUUUCCAAGGCUAUCGACCGCUACAUCCAAGCACGGGCAGAACAACAAGCUGGCUCAUCUGACAAGCUUGACCCCCGUUUAAAUACCAUCAUUGAGAGUAUCUUCAAGCGGUGUAUAGACGAGGGCGAAUAUAAGCAGGCAAUCGGUAUUGCUCUGGAAUCACGUCGCCUGGAUGUUAUCUCCACGAUAUACGAACGCACGCAUGACACUUCCCUUCUCUCUUACGCUAUGGACGCCGUCCUGGACACCGGCGUGUCCUUGUCGUACCGCGACCAAGUUCUGAACUUCCUCCUCCCCUUAUUUCCUCGACCGUCUACAGAUUCAAAAUCAUCCGACAUUCACCCCUUGACCCGUCUCCUCGUCACCCUCAGCGAUUCCUCGAAAGCCUUGCCCCUCUUGACCUCUCUUGUGCCGAAGGAAACGCUCUUGGCAUACCAGCUCGCGUUCGAUCUGGCCGAGGGUGGCUCCCUGGAUUUCCUCGAAAACAUACGGAGUGGCUUACCGGAUCCUGCUGAGGGUUCGAAAGAGAAGGAAAUCUACGACAAUUUGCGGAAAAUCCUCAGCGGGCAGGAAUCUGUCAAGUUGUACUUAGAAUUCCUCAAGCGCAAUAAUAAAGUGGACUUGCUCAUUCUCAAGAACACGAAGGAUGCGUUAGAAGGUCGUUCAUCAAUCUUCCACAGCGCACUUACCUUCUCGAACGCAUUCAUGCACGCUGGUACGACGUCGGACAUCUUCCUGCGCGAGAACCUGGACUGGCUGGGCCUGGCGUCAAACUGGGCCAAGUUCUCUGCCACGGCUGCCCUCGGAGUGAUCCACAAGGGGUACUACGAGCAGGGCAUGACCAUCCUCGGGCCUUACCUUCCCUCUCAGAGCGCUGGAGAAAGCACUAUCCCUGGCGCAGCAUACUCGGAGGGUGGUGCCUUAUACGCUCUGGGUCUCAUCAAUGCUGGGUGCGGGCGCCAGGUGGAAGGGUACUUACGGGACGCCCUGAAGGCUGCGCAGGGCGAAGUCGUACAGCAUGGUGCUGCUCUUGGUCUUGGUAUUGCAGCGAUGGGUGGCAAGAACUCGGAGGCAUACGAUGACCUGAAGCAGACGCUGUUCACGGACUCGGCAGUGGCUGGCGAGGCUGCUGGCUUUGCGAUGGGUCUGGUCAUGCUGGGCAGUGCGGACGGUCAGUCAGCGCAGGAGAUGCUGACGUACGCGAGGGAGACGCAGCACGAGAAGAUCAUUCGUGGUCUUGCUAUUGGGUUGGCGUUCAUCUACUACGGGCGGCAAGAGGAGGCCGAUGAUAUGGUGAAGACUCUCCUGGAAGAGAAGGAUCCUAUCUUGCGGUAUGGUGGAGUAUACACUCUGGCUUUGGCGUAUGCUGGUACAUCCAACAACGAUGCAGUUCGGAGACUCCUCCAUAUUGCCGUCUCCGAUACGUCCGAUGAUGUCAGAAGGGCGGCUGUCACAUCCUUGGCAUUCCUAUUAUACAAGAACCCGUCGCAAGUACCCAGGAUUGUCCAGCUUCUGAGCGAGAGUUAUAACCCUCACGUCCGGUGUGGUGCGACAUUAGCCCUCGGGAUUGCAUGUGCAGGGACAGGCUUACAGGAUGCAGUGGACAUAUUAGAACCGAUGACCAAGGAUAGUGUCGACUUUGUCCGGCAAGGCGCCCUCAUCUCUCUUGGCAUGGUCCUAGUCGAGCAGUCGGAGGCUUCAUCACCUUCGAUCUCAUCGACACGCGCGAUGUAUAGCAAGAUCAUUGGUGAUAAGCACGAGGAUCCUAUGGCUCGGUUUGGUGCCGCGCUUGGCCAAGGCUUUAUCGACGCUGGCGGAAGGAAUACCACCAUCAGUCUGCAGAGUCGGGCUGGGACGAGGAAUACCAGUGCCAUUGUCGGUAUGGUCUUGUUCUGUCAGUUCUGGUACUGGUUCCCUCUGGCACACGCCGCUUGCCUGGCAUUCGAGCCUACAGGUAUCAUAGGUCUCAAUGGGGCACUGAAGCCACCCAAAUUCACUUUCAUUUCCAAUGCUCGACCGAGCCUGUUCGCCUAUCCUCCUCCCACAAAACCGCCGAAGAAAGAAGCGCCAACUAAGGUUGCUGCAGCCGUCCUUUCCACUACAGCGAAAGUCAAGGCACGGGAAAAGCGAAAGGCUCAGGAUGAGAAGCUGGAACCUAAAAAGGAAAUGGACAUCGAAAUGAAAGCAGACGAGCCAUCAACUUCGACGGCAGGACAGGGCGAUAUCUCCCCGAUCGCAGGCUCACUAUCGGAUCUCGCAGACGGCGCACAGGAUGGUAAAGGGAAGGCGAAGAAGAAUGAGCCAACGUCGGAGGAACUGUCUAACUUCUCUCGAGUAACGCCGGCACAGCUGGCAUAUAUAUCGUUCCCGCCUGAUGGCCGCUAUCAGCCAGUACGACCUGUCUCGACAAAAUCUACUACGAGUCUGAAGGGUAAGGGUGCGGGCUCGAGAGCAGCAUCGAGUCUUCCGGCCCUUGCUUCGGAGAGAUAUGCAGGUGGGGGAGGGAUCUUGAUACUUGUCGACCGGCAUCCAGAUCAGCCAGAGGAAUUCAUCGAGCUGGAGACGCAGAUACCACAGCAGGCUGCGGCUGCACCGGCGGAACCUGUGCCCAAUGGAAAUGCAAAUGUCGCCUCGGAACCAUCUGGACCACACAUUGCUUUGGACGAGAAUGCUCCGGAGGCGGACCCUCCGGAAUCCUUCGAGUAUCCUUUUGACAACGACGCGUAGUCACGUUAUAUUCUUCGUAAUUGUUUUGUUGCAGUCAGACUCAUACAAAUCGAAUAUUCUCUCUAUUAUGCGUGAGAACCGA